AUGACGAGAGAAAGCCUUGACAACAUAGAGCGCAUUCAGACUCUGAGGGCGGAAAUCCACAAUCUACUGCCCCACCUCAUUGAUCAUGGACUGGACAACACUGAGGGGCUUCUACGAAUCGCCUGCCCCGAGGAGUCCGAUGCAAUUUUCGCGCAACCCGACCCGAAAGACAAGGAAAAGAUCAAACAUGUCGCGAUUCCAAGACAAGCCACUUCUAUCUCAGAAGUGCUGCAAGAAUGCGCAUUGAUAUUUGAAUCACGAGUGGCAACCCAACAUCCAAACUUCUUCAGCUUCAUUCCAUCGACAAUGCUGCCGGUAUCAUGGGUCGCGGAUCUCAUCGUCAGCGCCUUCAAUCCCCAUGUUGGCGGGAGCUUAGCUGGAUCAAGCUGCGAUGUAGUCGAGAAAUCUCUCAUGAGCUGGCUUGUGUCUAAGAUUGGGUUUCCGAGUGACGAGGCGACUGGUCUUUCUGUUUCUGGCGGGUCCAUGGCAAAUUUCAUGGCUCUUACUGCUGCACGCGACAAAGUCAUCGAGGGCGCGGAGAAUCAUCAUUUGGCGGUGAUUUAUGUUUCCGAAAACACUCAUUUCUCCAUUACCAAGGCAGCACGCAUCUUGGGAUUUUCGGAAAGUCAAGUUCGUCAAAUUCCCGGACUUUGCCCUCGAUCGCUGGCCACGUCAAUUUUGGAAGACAAAGCAGCUAGACGUAUUCCCAUGGCCGUGGUUGCGACACUCGGGUCUACAACUACUGGGAGCAUUGACCCCAUAUCAGAGAUUGCGGAUGUUGUUUCAAAAUACGAUGUCUGGCUUCACAUCGAUGGUGCUUAUGGAUCAUCUAUCAUCUUGUCAGCCUCUUAUGCACACUUGGCAAGUGGAGUCGAGAAGGCCGACAGCUUGUCAUGGGAUGCACACAAAUGGUUAUUUACAAGCUAUGGCUGUGGGAUGCUCUUUGUGAGAAACAAAAAGUGCCUUGCACGUUCGUUCUCUGCGCAUUCGGACUUUUUGGACAAUGGAGGCCGCUUGGAGAACUAUGAGUUCUGGGACUUGAGUUUAGAGUUGACUCGACCAGCUCGUGCAAUGCGACUCUGGGUUAUUCUGAGAACUAUGGGCACCGAAACAAUCGGUCAAAUGAUUGAUCGUGGAGUGCAGCUCGCAGAAGAAGCCGAAGCGAUUCUACGUGAUCGCACUCACUGGAAUAUAGUCUCCCCGGCGCAGAUGGCCAUAGUUGUGGUCCGCUUCCAGCCCGAGACAGUUCCGGAUCGGGAGCUAGAUCAUCUCAAUCAAAAGAUCGCAGAUGUUGCUCUAGAGCGGAACGUGGCGGCAGUGCAAACAGUUCAUUUAGACAAAAAGCAGGCCUUGCGAAUGUGCAUCAUCAACCCCAGGCUAACUUCUCAGAAUCUGAAAAAGGUUCUUCAUACUCUGGACGCGAUAGCAAUUGAGCUCAGCUUGGCUGACCUGCUAGCAUGGCAAAGCAGCUCUCUGUACAGCGAAGUAGGAAUAUGA